CCACAUGAGCAAACCCGCUUCGUCUUCUUCCACCCUUUUUAUUCGUCUCCUGACACAUAUAAAACAAACAAACAGGACUUGACCUAAGAGUCUCAGGUCAGAAGCAGUGGUAUUAUUGGUAGUAGGGAAAUGGAGGACGAAAGCAGCGAGAAGAGGAACCAAGCCAGGCUAAAGGUACUAGAACUGGCCAACAUGAUCAGCGUCCCCAUGUCCCUAAACGCCGUCGUUCGCCUCGGCGUCCCCGACGCCAUCUGGCAAUCCGGCUCCAACUCUCCUCUCUCCGCCUCCCAGAUCCUCACACGUGUCCUCCCCUCUUCCUCCUCCUCCGCCGCCUCCGCAGAUCCCGACAACCUCCAGCGCCUCCUCCGCACCCUCACUAGCUACGGCGUCUUCUCCGAGCACAUCUCCGGCGAGAUCAGGAAGUAUUCCCUCACCGAUGUCGGAAAAACUCUCGUCACUGACUCCGACGGCCUCUCCUACGCUCCCUACGUGCUCCAACACCACCAGGAUGCGCUGAUGAGAGCGUGGUCAUUACUCCAUGAAGCGGUGGUGGACCCUACGACGGAGCCGUUCGCGAAAGCGAACGGGGAACCGGCGUACAAGUACUACGGGAAGAUGCCGGAGAUGAACGGCUUGAUGCAGAGGGCGAUGUCGGGCGUGUCUGUGCCGUUCAUGAAGGCGAUAUUGAACGGCUACGAUGGGUUUGAAGGGGUUCGGAGAUUGGUUGACGUGGGAGGUAGUGCAGGGGAUUGCCUGCGGAUGAUCCUUCAGAAAUAUCCGAAUGUAACGGAAGCCAUCAACUUUGAUCUGCCGGAAGUGGUCGCUAGAGCGCCACAUGUUCCUGGAGUGACGCAUGUUGGUGGUGACAUGUUCAAGUUGAUUCCCGAGGCUGAUGCCAUUUUCAUGAAGUGGAUUUUAACAACAUGGACGGAUGAUGAAUGCCAAGCUAUCAUGGAGAGUUGUUGCAAGGCGGUCCCAGGAGGAGGCAAGUUGAUAGCCUGUGAGCCGGUGUUGCCGAAGGAAACCGACGACAGCCAUAGGACUCGUGCACUUCUUUCAGGAGACAUAUUUGUGAUGACAAUCUACAGGGCCAAGGGAAAGCACAGGACUGAAGAUGAAUACAGGAAGCUUGGUCUCGCGGCUGGCUUCCCACAUUUCCAAGCGUUCUAUAUUGACUAUUUCCAUACGGUCUUGGAGUUUACAAAGUGAUUAUGCAACUAUAUAUCAAUAUGCUCUCAUGAAAAUGAGAAAUAAAGAUUAAAGACAUGCAUGAGUCACUUGGAUUUU